UGUCAAGCUUGCUGGACAUUUGUGGUUGACCAAUAUAGCAUGUAUGAGAAUAUGAUUUAUGAAGCAAUGAUGACCUCAUAAAAUAAUAAAAAUAGGGGCUAGACGACGUGAGAGUGGUGAGGAAUGAAGGGAUGGGUAGAUUUGCAAAAUGAAUGCUGUACAAAGUUUAGGUUGUGGUUCAGACAAGGGCACGCAAAUGCAAAUCUCUGGUUAGGGACAAACCAGAGUGGUUAGAAUGAGGGGUAGGUGGAUUUGACCCUUGGACCUCUGGUUGGUAAAAUAAAGGGCGAGGGCGAGGGCGAGGGCGAAGGCGAAGGCGGUCCCAACUAAUAAAUUAAAACCACGCAAUUAUUUCACAGCUCCUCUAAAGAUUGCGGGAGCCGGGGGUAUUGUAUUGUAAGUCCGCAAGGUACGGAAGAAUCGAGGAUCUGGUGGUCUUCGGUUCGAAUCCCGAACAAGGAAGACAAAAAGGGGAACUGUGACUUGACUUGCUUGCCCGGUGUUUUUGAUCUUUUGAUUUGUGGAAAUGCAAUCAAAUUCGAAUACGCUGGAGGGCGGGUCGCAGGGGAAGAGCCUGCUGGAGAUUUCUCGGCUGGACCAUAUUUUGGCUUUGCUGUUGAAUGGCAAGGGAGGAGAUCUGGGAGCUAUGUCGGGCUCGGCUUUGGUUCUGAAGGAGAAUUCGCAGAUUUUGAUGAUUUUGACCACGGCUGUGGCUGUAUUGGUUGCCUGUGUCUUUUUCUUUGUGUGGAAGAGGGGAGGAUCCAGUGCGCAGAAACAGCCGGUCAAGCCGACGCCGCUUGUGAAGGAGGAAGAGGAGGAUGAAGAGGAGGAUUCUGGAAAGAAGAAAGUUACGGUUUUCUUCGGGACACAGACUGGGACGGCAGAGGGAUUUGCCAAGGCUCUAGCAGAAGAAGCCAAAGCAAGAUAUGACAAGGCUGUAUUUAAAGUGGUAGACCUGGACAAUUAUGCAACAGAUGAUGAUGAGUAUGAAGAGAAAUUGAAAAAGGAAAAACUAGCAUUUUUCAUGCUAGCAACGUAUGGAGAUGGGGAGCCUACUGACAAUGCUGCAAGGUUUUACAAGUGGUUUCUUGAGGGUAAGGAGAGAGGGCUAUGGCUUUCAGAUCUUACUUAUGGGGUGUUUGGAUUAGGCAAUCGACAAUAUGAACAUUUUAACAAGGUGGCAAAGGCAGUAGAUGAAGCAUUAACUGAACAAGGUGCAAAGCAACUUGUUCCAGUGGGCCUUGGUGAUGAUGAUCAAUGCAUUGAGGACGACUUUACUGCUUGGCGAGAGCAGGUGUGGCCUGAAUUGGAUCAUUUACUGCGUGAUGAAGAUGAUGAGCCCACAAGUGCUGCACCUUAUAAAGCAGCCAUACCUGAGUAUCGGGUAGAAUUUUGUGAUUCUACAGUAUCAGUUUAUGAGGAAACUUAUUCACCCAAGCCGAAUGGUGAAGCAGUUUAUGAUAUCCAUCGUCCCUGCAGAGCAAAUGUGGCUUUGAGAAGAGAGCUUCAUACACCUCUGUCUGACCGAUCAUGCAUCCAUUUGGAAUUCGAUAUAUCAGGAACUGGCCUUGCAUAUGAGACAGGAGAUCAUGCAGGUGUCUAUACAGAAAACAGCAGUGAGGUUGUGGAGGAAGCAGCAAGGUUAUUAGGUUAUCCAUUGGAUACUAUAUUCUCAGUCCACGCUGACAAAGAAGAUGGUACCCCACUUGGAGGGUCUUCUUUGCCACCACCUUUCCCUGGGCCAUGCUCUCUACAAACCGCUCUCUCUCGUUAUGCAGAUUUGCUGAAUCCUCCCCGGAAGGCGGCUUUGCUUGCCUUGGCAGCUCAUGCAUCUGAUCCAGCAGAGGCAGACCGCCUGCAGUUCCUGUCAUCUCCUACUGGAAAGGAUGAAUACUCCCAGUGGGUUACUGCAAGUCAGAGAAGUCUCUUGGAAAUAAUGGCUGAGUUUCCAUCAGCCAAGCCACCUCUUGGUGUUUUCUUUGCAGCAAUAGCCCCUCGUCUACAACCCCGUUAUUAUUCUAUUUCUUCCUCUCCGAGGUUUGCAUCCUCUAGGAUACAUGUUACAUGUGCUCUGGUUUGUGGGCCCACUCCAACUGGUAGAAUUCAUAAAGGUGUUUGUUCUAACUGGAUGAAGAAUUCAAUAUCUGCUGAAGAAAAUAACGACUGUAGCUGGGCACCAGUCUUUGUCAGGCAGUCAAAUUUCAAAUUGCCUGCAGAUCCUUCUACUCCUAUUGUUAUGGUGGGCCCUGGAACUGGUUUGGCUCCUUUUAGAGGCUUUUUGCAGGAAAGAGCUGCACUCCAAGAAUCCGGCAGGAAGCUUGGUCCAGCUGUUCUCUUUUUCGGGUGCAGGAAUCGCCAAAUGGACUACAUUUAUGAAGAAGAACUGAAUAGUUAUGUGGAGAAAGGAGUAGUGACUGACCUUAUUGUUGCUUUCUCUCGCCAAGGACCAGCUAAGGAGUAUGUCCAGCACAAGAUGUCAGAAAAGGCAUCCGAUAUUUGGAGCCUCAUUUCUCAAGGUGGCUAUCUCUAUGUAUGCGGUGAUGCAAAGGGUAUGGCAAGGGAUGUACACAGGACACUACACACCAUUGUCCAAGAGCAGGAAUCUGUGGAUAGCACCAAAGCAGAGGCUAUAGUGAAGAAAUUACAGACUGAUGGAAGAUAUUUGCGAGAUGUAUGGUAAUAUUUGUGCAUUGUGUUAUAUGUCAAUUUCAAUCUCUCAUCAAGCAAUUGGUAAGAAGAUUGAGGGGAAGGUAGUAAAGCUGAGGACAUAAUUGGUAAAGGAAAACUCUAGGCAUUCUGAUGCAUAGUUUGAAGUUUGAUAUACCACAGAAGUGUGGGAUUCUUUGCACCUCCACAUACUUCAUUUUGAGGUUUACUUGUCUUUAUUACCAUUCAAAUUUCCUAGCCAUCGUUGUAAUAAUAGUACUGGCACAGAAUUGUAUUUAUGUUCGGUGUUGUUCAAGACUGUGGUAGAGCAAAAGUAAGCAUUAUGGCCCUGAGUUAAGUAACACAUCUUAAAAACACAUUUUUUAAUAUACUCUAGUAUUAUACGUCUCAUGCCUUGUUGCAUCUACUAAUAUAAUUGUAUAGAAGGGCACGCCUUUCCUUCUAAUAUUUGUAUUAAGAAACUAUACCGGACUAAAGCUUGCAGCAUCUCAUCAUGCAGUGGACGAGUUUUACAUGUUAUAGAGGAUUUUAUGUUCUGGAUGA